CGGACUAUUCACCAAACAAACUCUGCCGGAGAGACAAAUCAUUUCAAACUUUAUCUGCGACUCAGAUUUUCGUAGUUUGCUGACGAGAUAAAACUUCUUUUGUUUUUGUCAGAAGAAGUUUUGUCUGAGGGGAAGAAACUUCACCAACACCUGGAACAAACCUGAACCUGAGUUGUCUUCUGAACUCAUCUUUGUUCAUUUCCUUCACCUCUGACAAAAUAUUUCCAACUUUAUCAAAGAGUUGAAAUUAAACUUUAGUUUAAGUUUUAAAUCUGUUAAAUCUUUUAAAACUAAGACUGAGUUUUUUUCCUGGACUUGACCUCCAGCCCUCGUCCAGUCGUCGUCCCGUCCAGCGCCAUGAAGCGUCCAUGUGAGGACGGCAGCUCCGAGGAGAGCGACGUGGACGAGAUGAUCGAUGUGGGCUGUGAGAACAUUUAUCCAGGACACAUGAAGAUGAGGAUGAUGAGAUGUGGAUCACCGACGGCCUCCACACAAGUGAUGGCGAGGAAGAAACGCAGAGGGAUUAUUGAGAAGAGACGCAGAGACAGAAUCAACAACAGCUUGACGGAGUUGCGGAGACUCGUCCCCACAGCGUUUGAGAAGCAGGGUUCAGCGAAACUGGAGAAAGCAGAAAUCCUCCAGAUGACCGUCGACCAUCUGAAGAUGAUGCAGGCGAGCGGGGGGAAAGGUUACUUUGACGUCCACGCUCUGGCCCUGGACUUCCUGUCCCUCGGUUUCAGAGAGUGUGUGACGGAGGUUUCCCGCUACCUGUGCACCGUGGAGACCCUGGACUCCGGCGACCCCCUGCGUUCCCGCCUCCUCUCCCACCUCACUUCCUGUGCCUCCCAUCGUGAGGCCGCCGCCCUGACAGCCGCCUCCCACUCUCCCCAUCAGCAGCAGCCCCACCCCUUCCCUCACCCCCUCCACCCUCACCACUGGGCCGCUGCAGUCACCGCUGCGGCCGCAUUCCGACAUCUUCCCCCCGGCGCCACACCGUACGGGCCUCCUGUUUCCUCAGACGUUGGAGGAGGUGGAGCCCCCCAGAGGCUGGCGGAGUUAUCGCGGCGCAGUGCGGCCUCCUCUUACUCCGCCCACGCAGACUCCACCACCUCCUCCUCUCCUUCCUCCUCCUCUUCGUCUCUUGUGCUCUCCCCCCUCUCCGCCUCCCUCCUCUCCCUCUCGGCCUCGUUUCCCAUCGCCCUCCAUGCGGGUUUCCCCGUCCUUCCUCCCUCCUCUUUCACCUCCAGUCCUCCCAGCUCCUCCUCCUCCUCCUCCUCCCAGACUCCCCUCAGCAGCAGUAAACCCUACAGGCCGUGGGGAACCGAGGUCGGAGCGUUCUGACGGAGGCGGCUGACCUCUGACCUCUGACCUCUGACCUCGUCACACUUUGAUCACCACUGAAGAAAACACUGACAAGUUUUAACCCUCGACUCUUUAACCUGUUAACAUGUUUUUCACGUGUUCACCUGCUGAUUCUAUUAAAACUGUGAUCGUUUGAAAAUCUUCUUUUACGUGUAACUGUGUUUUUCUUCUCAUAAGAUUUAUUCCACGUUCAUUAAAUGUUUGA